UUAUAGGUGUUACACUAAUUUUGUAUAUGCAUUUGAGGGGUAAGGCUCAUUAUGUCCCCCCCUGACUAGGUGUAUAUUUUUUGUUCAAUUUAUAAAAUUCUCUCGCACCGUCGAGAUUCUCUACUAAGAAGUUCAAGCCCCACCGAGCCUGGAUUCCUGGAUCCGCCACUGGGUCAAGGUGCAAACUGCGCAGAAAGAAAGAGAGAGACUGAAGAUUUCUGGGUCAAACUGGAAUUUGGGGCUUUUGUCGUGUUUCGUUUCAGAGUUCAGAGCUCAGAGUUCAGAGUUCAGACUUUGAGAACGACGGCGCACGUGUGCUGGAAACUCUAAUCUUAUUAUUUUUUUUUUCGGGGGUCAACUUUGUUUUAUUUUUUAGGGUGGACUCAUCUGUCACUCCAAGUCCAAGUCCACAAAAGGACGAGUCAUCAUUUUUCCUUUUUCUUUUUUUUCUUUUUUCAAAGGGUGGACUAUUAAUAAAAAGGGGCCGUGACCACUUACCCAAUUUUAGCCCAAAAAUUGCCCACUUACUCCACCAACAGUUUUUUUAGGCCUGGCAAUUCAGCCCAUGACCCGUUAACCGCCCAUUAACCGCCCGCUAAAAACCCAUUUAUUUCCGUCCAUUAACUUAACGUGUUAAUGGGCUGCCAACCCGUUAACAACCCGUUAGUUAACGGGCGGAAACGGGCUGCACGACGGAACCCAUCAAGCCCAAUUAGAAGAAAAAAAAAGGUGUAAGUGUCUAACCCUCGCAGGAGUCACAGCCUUGCUUCUCUCGCAGUCGCAGCUCACUCUCCCCUUCUCCACUUUAGCCGCCUGAACCCUCUACCCGUCUCUACGCCGCCACUCUUAGCCGGCGCUGCCAAAGAGUUCGCCGACAAGCUCAGCUUCUUUCACUUCUCGCAACUCUUUCACUGUUGUCUUCCAUACUCGAAUAGAUUGUAGUUAAGCUCAUUCGAUAGUAUACAUUCCAGUACGAAUCUCAACCCUAUGGAUAUUGUUGAAUCUAUACAAGAUCUUCCAGUUCAGGAUCCACCAGUGGAGGAGUUCUCCUCUGCUGAUUUGAUUUGGACCAAAUUUGGCAAUUCCGAGAAUCAUGAUGAUGCAGCCCUCAUUCCUUAUGACCGAGUAGACGAAUUUAUAAUCGGUGAAUGCUCAAAUUUAGAGUGUCCAACGCGAUUUCAUAUUGAGAGGGGAAGAAAAAGAAAGAAGGGCAGCUUAAAGGAGUACGCUGAUGAUGAGUAUUUGGAAUAUAAGCUGUAUUGGUGUUCUUUUGGUCCUGAAAAUUAUGGGGAAGGUGGGGGUAUUUUACCUAGCAGAAGAUAUCGACUCAACACCCGCAAUCGCGCUGCUAGACCUCAAUCUAUGCGGGGCUGUACAUGCAAUUUUGUGGUGAAGCGUCUCUAUGCACGUCCAUCACUUGCACUACUUAUCUAUCAUCAGAGGCGUCAUGUGAACAAAUCUGGUUUUGUUUGCCAUGGCCCACUUGAUGGAGAUGCCAUUGGGCCCGGAGCCAAGACAGUUCCAUAUAUCUGUAAUGAGAUUCAACAACAAACAAUGUCUAUGAUCUAUCUGGGUGUUCCUGAAGAGAAUAUACUAGAAAAACACAUUGAGGGGAUUGAGCGAUAUUGUGCUUCAAAUGCAAAAGUCAAUAGCCUUGCUUCCCAGUAUGUCCACAAACUUGGGAUGAUUAUUCAAAGGUCUACCCAUGAAUUGGAUCUUGAUGAUCAAGCCAGCAUCCGCAUGUGGGUUGAGCGCAAUAAGAAAUCCAUAUUCAUUCAUCAGGAUACUUCAGAAACUGAUCCUUUCAUUCUGGGGAUUCAGACUGAGUGGCAACUGCAACAAUUGAUACGUUUUGGCCAUCGCAGUCUCAUUGCAAUUGAUUCAACAUUUGGUAUAAAGAGACUUAAGUAUCCUUUGUGCACACUUCUUGUCUUUGAUUCUAGACAACAUGCACUCCCUGUUGCAUGGAUCAUCACACGCAGCUUUUCAAAGCCAGAUGUGUCUAAAUGGAUGACAGCUCUACUUGGUCGAGCUCGUAGUGUUGAGCCUGGAUGGAGGGCCAGUGGGUUUUUAAUUGAUGAUGCAGCAGCUGAGACUGAUCCCAUCAGGGAUAUUUUUGGUUGUCCUGUCCUAUUUUCCCUCUGGCGUGUUCGAAGAUCAUGGCUGAGGAAUAUUGUAAAGAAAUGCAAUAACAUUGAAGUUCAACGGGAACUUUUUAAAAGUCUGGGUAAUAUUGUGCAUGGCAUUUGGGGUGCAAGUGAUACAGCGGUUGCCUUAGAACAACUUACCCAGGAUUUUGUUGAUCAGACUGCUUUUAUGGAAUAUUUUAAAAGUCAUUGGGUGCCUAAGAUUGAAAUGUGGCUUUCAACAAUGAGAAGUCUUCCGCUUGCAAGUCAGGAGGCAUCUGGUGCUAUUGAAGCAUAUCACGUGAAGUUGAAAGUGAAAUUGUUUGAUGAUUCACAUCUUGGAGCACUCCAAAGAGUUGAUUGGUUAGUGCACAAACUGACAACUGAGCUGCACUCAGGCUACUGGCUCGACCGAUAUGCUGAUGAAUGUGAUUCUUUUCAAAACGUCAAGGAAGAAUAUAUUGCUUCUACAUCUUGGCACAGGGCACUGCAAAUUCCUGAUUCUGCUGUUACCUUGGAUGAUAAAAACCGUCUCUUUGCCAAGGUUUCAAGCCAGAAAGACAGUAGCAUUGUACAUCUAGUGUGGAAUCCCGGAUCAGAAUUUUCCUUUUGUGACUGUGUGUGGUCGAUGCAAGGAAACAUUUGCAAGCAUGUCAUCAAAGUCAAUAUGAUCUGUGAAAGUCAUCAAGGUUAUCAACCUUCCAUGUCUUUCCAGUCAUUCAAAGAGUUGCUCGUCAGCCUAUCAAAGAAACCAAUGGAGGAUUCAAUUUCACAAGAUCUAUCAAUGGCCUGGACUAUGCAAAUGCUCGAGCAAAUACGGAACCUUGUAGAAGUGACUAGAGCCAAUGAUAUUGGCACCGUGGUAAACAAUCUGCCACUGCAAUGGGCUUCCAGAAGAGGCAGAACAGGUGUUGGAAAGCCAUCAACUGCUCUUACGACUCUUCCUUCUAGUAAAAGGAGUGCAUCAAGGCAGAAGACCCGCAAGCGAAGAAGAUUGUCAACAUUAACAUAGUUUUCUUGCGUUGCAAGAUUAGAUACAAGGCAACUCUUUUUGUACAACUGUCUUUGAUUCAUAUUCUUUAUGAAAGAAGAUAGGAAACACUGACAUUUCAGCUGUGAUAAGCUUCUGGUAUCCAAUCCAACAGUGAAAUUGUAGAUAAACUUAGCAAUGAGAGAUUCUUAUUUAUACAUGGUGAAAUGUUGGCUCC